CAUAAGCAGCAGUGCAGGUGUCAGAGGAGUCAGUAGCGCAGCCAUAAAGAGGGGCUUAGACAACACACCUUUCCUCUGGUCACUUCUGCAGCUCACGUUAGACAAAAUGAGUCUUCCUAACAAUGGCACUGUGGCUCUCAACAACCCGGGCGAUAUAUCCGUCAUUGUGAUCUACUUUCUUGUUGUCUUGGCCGUCGGAAUAUGGGCUAUGGUCAGCACAAACCGGGCCACUGUAGGAGGCUUUUUCCUGGCAGGAAGAAGCAUGGUGUGGUGGCCUAUUGGGGCAUCUCUCUUUGCCAGCAACAUUGGCAGUGGGCAUUUUGUUGGCAUUGCAGGGACCGCGGCUGCUGCUGGUAUUGCCAUUGGCGGGUUUGAAUGGAAUGCCCUGGUUGUGGUGAUCAUCCUUGGAUGGCUCUUCGUGCCCAUUUACAUCAAAGCCGGGGUGGUGACCAUGCCAGAGUACUUGAGGAAGAGGUUUGGAGGGCAACGCAUUCGGAUCUAUCUCUCAGUGCUGUCACUAUUCCUCUAUGUCUUCACUAAGAUCUCAGCAGAUAUGUUCUCUGGAGCCAUCUUUAUCAACCAGGCUCUGGGGCUGAAUAUCUACAUUGCUGUGGUUCUCCUACUGUUGAUCACUGCUCUGUACACAGUCACGGGUGGACUGGCUGCAGUGAUCUACACGGACACUCUGCAGACCAUCAUUAUGGUCGUGGGUUCCUUCAUCCUCAUGGGUUUUGCCUUCAAUGAAGUGGGAGGUUAUGACAGCUUUGUGAACCGCUACAUGGAGGCCAUACCUAUCGUGACAAACACCAACAUCAGCAAGUCCUGCUACACCCCUCGACCGGACUCUUUCCACAUCUUCAGGAACGCCGUGACAGGUGAUCUGCCUUGGCCCGGCCUGGUUUUUGGGCUCACGGUCCAGGCCACCUGGUACUGGUGCACCGAUCAGGUGAUUGUCCAGCGUUGUCUGUCUGCUAAGAAUCUGUCUCACGUCAAAGCUGGCUGUAUCCUGUGUGGCUACCUGAAGCUGCUUCCCAUGUUCCUCAUGGUGUUUCCUGGCAUGAUGAGCCGCAUCCUCUACGCCAACGAGGUGGCAUGUGUGGAACCAGAGGAGUGUACAAAAUACUGUGGGACCCCUGUGGGCUGCACCAACAUCGCCUACCCCAAAUUGGUGGUGGACCUCAUGCCAAAUGGUUUGCGGGGCCUGAUGCUGUCUGUGAUGAUGGCAUCUCUGAUGAGCUCGCUCACAUCCAUCUUCAACAGUGCCAGCACACUGUUCACCAUGGACAUCUACACUAAGAUACGUGGCUCGGCCUCCGAGAAAGAGCUUAUGAUCGCCGGGAGGGUGUUUAUUCUGGUUUUGAUCGGGUUGAGUAUAGCCUGGAUCCCUGUGGUUCAGUCGGCUCAGAGCGGUCAGCUCUUUGACUACAUCCAGUCCAUCACCAGCUACUUGACCCCACCCAUUGCCGCCACGUUCAUGCUGGCCAUCUUUUGUAAACGCGUCAACGAGCCGGGUGCGUUCUAUGGCCUCACGAUCGGCCUGGCGAUUGGCCUGACCAGGAUGAUAGCUGAGUUCGCCUACGGGACGGGCAGCUGUGUCAAACCCUCAACCUGUCCUGAGAUCAUCUGCGGGGUCCACUACCUCUACUUCUCCAUCAUCCUGUUCACCAUCUCCUGCCUGUUGAUUCUCUCCAUCUCCCUCAUGACCAAACCCAUUGACGACAAACAUUUGUACCGGUUGUGCUGGCAGCUUAGAAACCGCACUGAGGAGAGGGUGGAUUUGGAGGAAGACAACUGGACGGACCAACAAGACUCUGACUCUAUGGAUAUCGAAAGUGAGCCCGCAACGGAGCCGGGCUGCUUUAAGAAGGCUGUGCUGAGCUUCUGUGGCCUGGAGAAGUCAAAGGCCAUUAAGCUGACUCCUGAGCAGCAGGCGGAGCUUCAGAGGAAACUCACAGACACUACUGAGAAACCCCUGUGGAGGAACGUGGUCAAUGCCAACGCUAUCAUCCUCCUGUGUGUCUGUGUCUUCUUCCACGGCUUCUAUGGUUAAAUUGGCCCUCAUCCAGGACCUCGGUACAUCUGGAGUUCGGAAGGUCUAAACAUUAACUUUGACUACCCCUUCUGUUUCGACCCUGAGAUCCCCCCCAAGACAUCCAGGCCCACGAUGCACUGUGCUUUCCCUGCUCAUGCCUGUUUGACUGAUUUAGACAUGGGGAGUCUCAGCACUUCCUCGUUUUGGGGUUCUUUGCUUGAUGGUGAAGGUGAAGCAAAAAAGGUAAUUUAAUAGGAAAAUAGGUUUCAGUGUCCAUGUUUGCUGUGACCUUUUUGUUCUUCAUUUAGUUUCUAUUGUUUCCUUCAAACACUGGGCAGGGCUGCAACAUGAAUAGACAUGUAUAACUCACUAUUUCAUCAUGAACAAGAUGACAUUGAGACAAUGUAAUUUACCUUGUAACAUUCUGUUAAAAACUGUAGCCCCCUCUGUUGUUUCCAGAGAUGAGGAAAGAUCUCACAAAUUUACAAUCACACAUUCUCCUUUCCUGGAAUGGAGCCUGAUAUCCUUGAAAUGUUUGAUCAAAGUCCAUAACGGUGUCAUAUUUCCUUUUUCCUCCAGCUGUAAUUCUGUUUAGUUACGUGUUAAUGAAUGAUGUCUCAAUGAUAGGUGAAAUGAAACUUCCUCAUAGUACUGGAGUAAUAGCCCACUGCAAAAAUAUGCACACACAAUAAAAAAAAACACACAUUCAAACAAUUGUUUUAGAAAUGUCUCCCGUUGUAUGGACACCAAACAUUAUUCCCAUUAAAGGGGAAUAACAAUUAAUAAAAAUAAAAAAUCUA